AUGCUUGUUUCGAGCAUGAUUGUGCCUCAAUCGGCCACCGAGAUUGCGGUGUUGGUAGUUGCAGGCACUGUUUUAUAUCAUCUUGUAGCCUGUAUCUACAGGCUUUACUUUAGCCCUCUAGCCGGAUUUCCAGGAGAGAAAAUUGCAGCAGCGACACAUUGGUACGAAUUUUAUCACGAUGUAAUCCGCCGUGGCCAAUACACUUUCCAUAUCCGCGAUAUGCAUAAAAAAUAUGGUCCCAUUUUGCGCAUUAGUCCAUAUGAAUUACACAUUACAGACCCGAGUUUCAUUCACGAAAUUUACGCAGUGAGCAACCGGCGACGAGAUCGAUGGGAAUGGUCUACGAGGCCAGGAGGAUUCAAUGGUUCAGUUGGUGGAACGAAUCCGCACGAGCUGCACCGCAAGAGACGGGCUGCAUUGAAUCCUUUCUUCUCCAAAGCGAGUAUCAGGAAGCUUCAGCAUGAGAUUGAUGAAAAGGCGAUUCAGUUGGUGCAAAGGCUUCGAAAUGAAAAGGAACGGGUUUUUAAAGUCAAUCAUGCUUAUGCCGCGCUCACAAAUGAUAUCAUCAUGAGAUAUGCUUUUGCUCGAGAGGAUAAUCGCUCUGCGCAUAAAGAUUUCGAUCCCUCGUUCCAUGAUAAUUUUGUUGCUGGUGUAUCGUGCUUGAACCUUUUGCGUCAUGUCUCCUGGCUAGAUCGAGCGGCUAGGUCGCUGCCGAUGAGUGUACUGAGUUUAUUUUCUAGCGUCAUUGCUCAGUUCUGGGAAGAGAAACAGGCUAUCACCGAGGAGGUAAGGCAAAUUCUCAAUGGAACCAACAAGACCUACGAAGCACAACCUUACCGCACCAUCUACCACGGAAUCCUGAACAGUAAACUGCCAGAGGAAGAGAAGUCCCUCCAGCGACUGGCAGAAGAAGCCCAAAUCACAGUCGGAGCUGGUACUCUCGCAACCGCCUGGGUCAUGUCUGUUGGCAUGUACCAUCUAUUGGCUCCCGGUUCGGUAUCAAUGCUUAAUACAUUGCGGAAGGAGCUCAAAGAGGCAAUUCCUGACCCCAAUGAGCCUUUAGAUUGGAAUAAAUUGGAGAAAUUACCCUUUCUCACUGGUGUGGUCAAGGAAAGCUUGCGUUUGGGCAAUGGAACGACAACGAGAUUGCAGCGUAUUGCUCCAGAUGAAACCUUGAUCUACACAGAUCCCAAUACCGGCAAAGUUUGGGAGAUUCCUCCCGGUACCCCUAUCAGCCUUACCUCGCUACAUAUUCACCACGAUGAAAAGAUCUUCGCCGACCCCGAGUCCUUCCGGCCCGAGCGAUGGAUCGAGAACCCAGAACUGGAACAGUAUCUCUUGACAUUUUCCAAAGGCAGUCGGCAAUGUGUCGGUAUGCACUUGGCAUAUUGCGAGAUGUAUAUUGUACUGGCACGAAUUUUCCGGUCUUUCGGUAGAAAGGACGAAGAUUCCGGGUGUGAUAAGAUUGGUAACCUGGAAUUGUUCGAAACAGAUGAACGAGAUACGAUUUGUGUAGCCGAUUUGGUGGUUCCUACGAUCGCUGCGUACCAGGUUGGGAUCUGGAUCUACAACGCUUGGUUCCAUCCGCUGUCGGGAUAUCCAGGCCCCAAGCUUUGGGCCGCAUCGUAUAUCCCUUCUGUGUAUCACCGCAUUCGGGGCAAUUAUAUUCCCAUACAUGUCAAGUUUCAUGAGCGCUACGGGGACGUGGUACGAGUGAGCCCCUCAGAGUUGUCUUACAUCAAUGCGCAAGCAUGGAAAGACAUCUCAGGACAAGGUCUUAAUCGACCGGAUAUGGAGAAAGACAGACUCUCGUUUGGGAGACCCUUGCCGGGCAUGCCCAGCAUCUUCAAUGCGAAUCGAGUUGAUCAUGGCCGCAUUCGCCGGACGAUGGCUCAUGCAUUUUCAGCUGUUGCACUCCGAAAGCAAGAACCGUUGAUACGGGACCAUGUCAAGCUGCUCAUCAAAUGUCUAAGGGAACAUCAGGGCGAGGUGGUUGAUAUGGUAUCUUGGUUCAAUUUUACCACCUUCGACAUGUUUGGCGACCUCGCCUUUGGUGAGACCUUUGGUUGCCUGACCAACUCGACUUACCAUCCGUGGGUGGGUAUGCUCAUUAUGAGCAUGAAAGCAGGCUACUUUAUCAUCCAGUCUCAAAAGUACCCCUUACUCGAGAAGAUUCUGCUGUACAUGAUUCCGGCCUCUCUACGUCAGCGAAAGAAGGAUCACCUCGCUUUGACUCAAGAAAGGGUCGCCAAACGAGUAGAGAAGCAGACUGACCGACCUGACUUCCUCAGCUUUAUAUUAAAGCAUGAGGAUAGUACUGGACUGACAAGGCCAGAGCUGGAGAUCAACGCUAGCACACUCAUUGUUGCUGGAUCGGAGACCACGGCCACCCUAUUGUCGGGAUGCACGUACUACUUAUUACGCAAUCCUCGUGUGAUGCAAAAGGUUAUUGAUGAAAUCCGACAAUCCUUCCAAACGGAUGAAGAAAUUGAUAUAACAGGUGUCAACAAGCUGAAAUACAUGCUAGCGGUGUUGGAUGAGGCGUUGCGAAUGUAUCCUCCAGCACCAGGCAACUUUCACCGUGUUGUACCUGAUGAGGGUGCCGUUGUCAGCGGCAAAUUUGUACCAGGAGGGUCAAAGAUAUCUGUCUGUCACUAUGCAGCAUAUCGCUCACCGAGGAACUUCUAUAAACCAGAUUCAUUUAUCCCUGAGCGCUUCCUCGGCGAAGCCGGCUUUGAAAACGACCAGAAGGACGUGCUUCAACCAUUUGGCAUUGGGUCACGGGCCUGUUUAGGACGAAAUCUCGCAUAUUUCGAAAUGCGGCUUAUCUUGGCUCACGUCCUCUGGAAUUUCGACUUGGAGCUUGCGACAGAAAGUACCGACUGGUCUCGUCAAAAGGUCUACGCUAUUUGGGAUAAGUCUCCGUUGUACGUAAAAUUAAAGCCGAGGGAACAGAUUUGA